CAGGAGAAGAGAGAGGGAAAGGAAGAAGAACAAACAAGUAGCAGGCGGCAACCGGCGCAAAUUCUGCAGACAGAACAUGGUGAAACUGAAACUUGAAAUCAUCAUCAAAUUCAUGUCUUCCCUCCUCUUCUCCUUGUUCUUCUUAUUAUCCUCCCUUCCAUUCUCCGCCGUCUCCCAGCUGUCUCCAGCUCAGACAACAGCCGUCAUCGACAUCGCCGGGAAGCUCACGAACAACUCCGCCGCCGUCCCCUGGAGCCCUUCCAGUCAGCCUAAUCCUUGUUCAUGGCGAGGAGUGCUCUGUUCAGCCGAUAAUUCGUCCAUAACAGCUCUUUCCCUAUCUGGUUUUGGUCUCUCUACCUCUGAUUUCUUACUCGAUGUCUGCAAGAUCGAAUCUUUACUCUCCCUCGAUGUUUCCAACAACCAUUUGAGCUCAAUCCCUGAUGCGUUCAUCGCCGGUUGUAGCGGGAUGGAUGGGUUGAAAUUUUUGAAUUUCAGCAGAAAUCAGUUAGUGGGUUCUUUGCCAGUUCUCAAAGGGUUUGUAGGGUUGGAAACUCUGGAUUUGUCUUUCAAUUCAUUAUCUGGGAAUGUUAGUUUUCAGCUGGAUGAAUUGCAAUCCCUGAAAAGCUUGAAUCUUAGUUGGAAUGAGUUCACUGGUUCGGUUCCUGGGAGAAUCGGGAAUUCAACUGGAUUAGAGGAGCUUGUUCUUUCUGUGAACAAAUUCAGUGGAGGAAUACCUAGAGAAAUUGGGGAUUACAGGAACUUGAGCUUGAUUGACCUCAGUGUCAAUCAUCUCUCGGGUUCUGUUCCUACCGACAUCGGAUCCCUCACCAGGCUGAAGGUUCUGAUUCUGUCAGCCAAUCAGUUGAGUGAAGCAAUCCCACCAUCGAUUUCAAACAUUCCAGCAUUGGAGAGGUUUGCAGCAAAUCAAAACCAGUUUGAUGGCAGCAUUCCGAUGGGGCUAACAAACUUUCUUAGGCUACUAGACCUCAGCUACAACAACUUAACUGGUCCAAUUCCGGAUGAUUUGUUAGCACAGCCAAGGUUGACGUCUGUCGAUCUCUCUUACAACUCGUUGAAUGGUGCAAUCCCUGCAAACUUAUCCUCGUCCUUGUUUCGCCUGAGGCUGGGGAGCAAUGCGCUGAAUGGAAACAUUCCUGCCUCAUUUGCUUCACUUCAGAGUCUGACAUAUUUGGAGCUGGACAAUAACAGCUUGAGUAAUGUAGUUCCGGGUGAACUGGGUUCUUGCCGGAAGUUGGCCUUGUUGAAUUUGGCUGACAAUGAGUUGACUGGUUUCCUCCCUGAAUCAGUUGGAAAUCUUGUCAAUCUCCAAGUCCUGAAGCUUCAAAUCAACCAUCUGACCGGUCCCAUCCCGGAGGAAAUCACCCAGUUAUUGAAUUUGUCAAUCCUUAACAUCAGCUGGAACUCACUGAAUGGUUCAAUACCUCAUUCAGUGUCAAACUUGCAAAAGCUUACUCACUUAACUUUGCAAGGCAACGAUCUCAGUGGAAGCAUACCAGUCACAAUCAGCCAAAUGAACUCUCUAAUCGAGCUCCAGCUUGGUCAGAACCAGCUGACCGGUAUAAUCCCACCAAUGCCAGUCAAAUUGCAGAUCGCUUUGAAUCUCAGCAGUAACCAUCUCGAUGGCCAUAUUCCAAACAGUCUAGCACAACUACGAGACUUGGAAGUUCUUGAUCUCUCGAACAACCAGCUCUCUGGAGAGAUUCCAGAUUCCCUUGUCAGAUUAUCUUCCUUAAUCCAACUCUCACUCUCGAACAACAACUUGUCUGGAGCUGUUCCACCUUUCAGAAGCUUUGUAGCUCUUAACACAACUGGAAAUGAUGAACUCGUGUUCCCUCCCACGAAACAAACCCCACCGCCUCCUCAGAAAAGGAAGAGGUCGGUAGCCAUCGGAGUCAUUCUUGCUGCUGUAUCUGCAGUUCUAGCUGUUGCUGUGGUCGCCAUCUCUGUUCUCUUGUUCUCAAGACGUGUUCUCAAAGUUAACAAUGAUCAGCAAUCUGAGCCAGGGGAAAAUGAUCAUUUCGUCGGACCACCUCAGCAUGUCAUCCAUGGAAACCUCCUGACGUCGAGUGGAAUCCACAGAUCAAGCAUCGACUUCUUCAAAGCAAUGGACGUGGUUGCCGACCCUGCAAACAUCAUGCUCAGGACGAGAUUCUGCACUUACUAUAAGGCCAUCAUGCCUUCAGGAGCAAUCUACUUGGUCAAGAAGCUCAACUUGAGUGAGAAGAUUUUUCAGAUGAACGGGCAUGAUAAGUUCACUGAGGAAUUGGAGGUGUUGGGGAGAUUGAGCAAUUCAAAUGUGAUGACACCAUUGGCAUAUGUGUUGACGGAGGACAGUGCUUAUCUGUUCUAUGAGAACUUCAAUCAGGGUUGCCUUUUUGACCUUCUUCAUAAGGUUGGGAAAGAGAAGAUGGUUGUUGAUUGGCCUAGUAGGUAUAGUAUAGCUGUGGGAGUAGCUCAAGGAUUGGCAUCUCUCCAUGGAUGUAGCAUGGGACCGAUUCUUCUGCUCGACCUUUCGAGCAGGAAUGUUCUGCUGAAGUCAAUGAAGGAGCCUGUUGUUGGAGAUAUUGAGCUGUGCAAGGUCAUUGAUCCUUCAAAGAGCACCGGCAGCCUUUCUAUGGUUGCUGGCUCUGUGGGUUACAUCCCUCCAGAGUAUGCUUACACGAUGAGGGUAACGAUGGCCGGAAAUGUCUACAGCUUUGGAGUCAUCCUGCUCGAACUAGUUACAGGGAAACCAGCAGUGAGCGAUGGGAUCGAAUUGGCCAAGUGGGCUGCCAGCAACUCGAAGAAUCAAGACAGGUGGGACGGGAUCAUUGAAGGUAGCAUCAGCAGAGGCUCACUUUCUGUGAGAAGCCAAAUGCUUUCCGUUCUUAAGGUUGCUCUCAGUUGCGUCAGUGCCUUGCCAGAGGCAAGACCAAAGAUGAAGAGCGUUUUGCGUAUGAUCCUCAACGCCCGGUGAAAGUGCCUCGCUUCAUCUGAUACUGCGAAACUAGACGUUCGAAGAUCACAGCUUUAUGUACAGGUAAAAUAGCUGUAUUUGUGUACACUAUUUGCUCCUGUUCUACAGGUAUAAUUACGAAGUAUUAUACCAAUUUUG